GAGGGACAAAAUAGCCGCAGGACUCUACUAUAUCGAUCUAUUGGCGCAAUUUUACAAGCGCCUUCCACCAUAACAAAACACCGGUUUCACACCUCCGCCAUCGCCACGGCCAAAUUGUUCGAAUUUGAUUAAGAACUGCUACCCCAUUCGCCACAUUCUUCAGAUUAGGCCCAGUGCUACUUCUUUUUAUUUCUAAGAUUGAAAACAUGAGUCGUCGUACACAAAGCUUUCCAUAUAGCAUGGAAAAGACUUGAAUUGGUAAUUAAGAAACGGUUAAAAUCUUCAUGGACUCAAGGGAUAUCGAUUAAGCCAUAAUAGUGGUUCUAAUAUUCUAAUGUUUGGCUAGGUGUUACUUUCUUAAGUUCAUACAUACUCAAGUGGAUAUAUUUUAAAAUUUUGAGAACAUAAGAGACAAUCGAAACAGCUUUGGGUUUUAACCGCUUGCCGAUCCUCAAGACUGUAAGCAAAAUUAGAUGUCUCACAUAAUGCAAUUAGCCCGAAAGUUAAUCUGUAAUAUAUUGUUGUUGGUUUUUCAGUUUUUUGGCAAACCUCAGCACAUGGUCACGGAUAUGCUAUUUUUAUGCAGUAAAAAACGAAUUGGACUAAAACUAAAACACUAAAAUGCAACAAAUUAAUGACGUGUAGUCGAACUUGUACCCCUUAACCCUGAAACUAAGUAAAAACACAUUGGCCGUGAAAUCACUGCCGCUGCAGCCCACUAUAAAUGAACCCACUCGGCGUUGCAGCAAGCAAUUGAAUUUUGGUCGAUUACUUGUCAGGACGUGCCUGUAUUGGACGCUAGUGACAAAAAAGUUCCAGAAGCAAUUUUAAACGUACAGAGGAUCGGUCUUAGAGGUGGAAUUGUUGGAUCGCUGAGAAGCUGAGUUUCGUUUAACGCGUUUACAAAAGAAAAACUGAUAACAGCAUGCGCGACCCAAAGAAUAGACUGCCCAAGUACGAGUCGGACGCUUUCGACAAUGUCGAAUAUGAGUUCCGUAUGACGUACACGCUCGAGACCGAUCGUCGCAUUAUGAGUUUCGUCGAUUCACGUUGGGGUAUCGAGGUAACCGGUGGGAUUGAUCAAUUCGAACCGUUAACCAUUAUUAAUGUGACACCAACUGGUAUGGCACGCAGUGCCGGCAUGCGCGUUGGCGAUGAGAUUACGCAAAUUAACAAUACGCCAGCGUUGGAGUUAACUUUUAAAGAAGCAUUGGAGUUGUUCCGUAAAAAUAGACGUUAUGUGCGGGUUUAUGUGAGAGGUGAUGUUGAAGACGAUGGCGAAGAGGACUGGACCUGUCACUUCUGGUUCAAACCACGCAAGCCAUGGCGCCGCGAUUUCACGCCCAUCAAAUGGGAGUUCCCAUGGAACGAUCGUCGCAAGCCGAUCUACCGUGAGUCUAACUGUUUCAUGGUGCCCAGUGUCAUGGAGGAAAGAAUUCGUCAACGUCGUGCUGCCACAUCGGCGGUGCACAAAAAGGCUGAGCUUGAACCGCACACCCGUUCGCUAACACCAUCACCGCGCCCUAAAAAUCAACCCGGCGAAAACUUAAUGGAAACUAUGUUCAAGAAGUAAAGCUGCGCAAAUAUACAAAUUUAAAUAAAAUGUUGCAUGCACCAACCGAUGUCUAAGCAGUGAAACGCGUUAGCAACUAAUGCUAAAAAAAAUAAGCAUAAAUGUGUGUGUGAACUUUGCAAGUACAAAAUAUAUGAAGGCAAAUAUUUUGUUGGAAAAAUUCGCCACGCAUAAAAACGCCAAAGGUUUUUCAUUCCAGUUCCUGAGACAAAUAUACAUAAAGAAACAGGCGUUCGUUAAAUCUGCCACAAACUCGAAUAAUGCUCACCAAAGAAGAUGUGAACGAUAAGGCGGUGUUAGAGGCUAGUCUAUGACGCUAUAGACACAAAAUAUCUACUUACAUAGUUGUUAAACAAAAACGAAAAAGAAAGUAGUUUAAUAUAAAUAUAAAAAAUUUUCAGAACCAACUAUAAGUGAUGAAAUACAAGAAAGCACUUGUUAUAAAGCUUUAAUAGUUGUGUAACUUUAUAAAAAUGUGUGAAAAUAAUAGAAACAAUAAAAAUAAUAUUCAGCGUUGACAUAAGUAUAA